AAAAACCAGCCCAGACACGAGAGAGAGAGAGAGAGAGAGAGAGAGAUUUGUUCCCUUUAUCCGGGACUCGGUGUGUUUUGACGCUCAGGAUGACGUGGUGCAGCUCCGUACCGCCGAACAGCGAGGUGUAGCCGCUCGGACACACACACACACACACACCGGGGAAAGUCCUCCCCGCCACCCUGCCGGCCUUCUCUCCUGCUCCCCGGCUGCUGGAACCUCGAGAACCGCCGAGUCUCCUCCUGAGGACAAACUGCGACUGGGCCGAACCGAAACCCCUGAGGAACACCGAGAGGAACCGCGGAACGGAGGAGAGCAGUGUGUGGAACUAAAAGCCUGGGGGAAAGUUAGUUCUCGAGGAGUUUGUUUGUGGAUCAGAUCCGGGUUCAGGAGGAGCAUGAAGACUCCGGGGGACUCGGGGUUCGCUUUCCCCGAAUGGGCGUACAAGCCGGAGUCCAGCCCGGGCUCCAGACAGAUCCAGCUCUGGCAUUUCAUCCUGGAGCUUCUGAGGAAGGAGGAGUACCACGAUGUCAUCGCCUGGCAGGGGGACUAUGGCGAGUUCGUCAUCAAGGACCCGGACGAGGUGGCCCGACUAUGGGGGGCCCGUAAGUGCAAACCUCAGAUGAACUACGACAAGCUGAGCCGCGCUCUCAGAUAUUACUACAAUAAACGGAUCCUGCACAAGACUAAAGGCAAAAGGUUCACUUACAAGUUCAACUUUAACAAGCUUGUGCUCGUCAACUACCCCUUCAUUGACAUGGGGUCUGCAGGUUCCAGUGUGCCCCAGAGUGCUCCUCCUGUUCCAUCAGGUGUUGGAACCCACUUUCGUUUCCCUCCUUCUACUCCGUCUGAUGUUCUUUCCCCAAACAGUGAGGAGCUGCGCAGUCCCGGUGUGUUCACCAGCGUGGCGCGAAGGGCGGCGCGGGGGUCCGUGUCUGACUGCAGUGAUGGCACCUCGGUAGCCUCAGAGCUGGAGGAGGUGGGCAUUGCUGGCGGUGAUGAGCGCCCAGCAGAGCGAGCCUUCAGAUCUCUGUUUUUGCCCCACCAUCCACGCCUUACUCACGACUCCCUGUUCCGCAUGUAUGGAGUCCCUCCUCCUGCCCCGGUGCCCUUCCCUGCCUCCCCGCUGCCUGGUGGCCCUCUGCUGCCCCCACAGCUCUCACCUGCUCUCUCCAUGACUUCGACACCGACCUCACACCUGCCCUAUACACCCUCUCCUUCCUUGGCAUCACCCAUGCCCGGGUCACGCUUCUCCUUCAGCCCUGAAGACAUGAAGCUCUAUUUGCAAGCGCACGCGCAGAGUGUCUACAACUACCACCUCAGUCCACGUGCCUUCCCACACUACCCCAGCAUCAUUGUACCCCAGCCACAGCGCCCUGAUAAGGGUCUGGCAGGGCACUUUGCUGCUCACCCGCUGCACCACCAGCAGCCUGAAGAGCAACACCCUUCACCCUUUAAAUUCAAGCUUCAGCCACCCCCGCUGGGACGAAAGCACCGCGAUGGCCCGGCCCCCUCGGCAGCAGGACAGGUCCCUCCUGGGACAGCCUCCACUGGGUCGUUCCUGGGUGAAGGUGGCUCUGCCCCCACUGAGCUGGCCAGCACUACAGGCCCGCCAAAGAUCAAGGUUGAGCCUGUCUCAGACAUAGAGUCAGAGGAGGAUGUAGAGGUCACUGAUAUAAGUGAGGAAGAUGACAGUUGUGAUGUGUUUGCGCCAUCCCACUGCAACGGAGGUCCCGCCCUUCUGCCCUGCCCUGAUGGACACCUAGACAACGACGAGGAUGACCUCGAAGAGGAUGUCUUUAAGACACCAGCAGCACCCCCUUCUGGUGGCGUCGGCUUCGGGAUUGGCAUGACUUUGUCUUGUCUCAAAGCUGAACCCCGAGAGGGUAGUCCUAGCAGCCCCGGGGGCUCGCAGUGCAUCCCGCUGAAACUGCGCUUCAAGCGCCGCUGGAGCGAGGACCAGCGAAUGGAGGCAGAAAUCGAGGAGGCCGAAGACAAAAAGAGCCGUGCCGAAAAGGAUGAACCUUCAGCUCGAGAGGCCCCUAAUGAUGAGGGAAGGGGCCUGACUUGCUUGGGCACGCCCCUGGUGGCCGGCCAGAGAAGGGUCAGUUCUGAGCUUCAGAAAGCAACGGCGCAACUGUCUUUAGAAAACAGCGGGUUCUGAGGAGGGAACUCUCCAUGCUGUUCUCACGUGUGAGACGAAAUCGAAUAAACUGCAGAGCAGGAACACAAACAGGGACACCUGCACAGAGACACACUACAGGACACUGCCGGGACUGAUGGCUCUCGCUCCACAGCUCCCGCAUUUAACCCACUCGGUCUGCUUAAACUUCUCAAUCCGUUUUACUUGGUGUAUGUGACCACGACGUAUGUCACUGUUACAAACUAUAACUGAGAUGUCCUUUCUUCUGGACUCUCGGAGCCGAUUUACAUUAAAUGGAGGAGCUUCAAAGGAUUUAAAAGCCGAUUAACAACAGAGUGCGUACAGCAGUGCUCCACAAGGAAAGAGACGGUGCUGAGAAUUUAUCUGUGCUGACAUUUUACCCCCUCUUGAAAUGAAACACGCCCCAUACCCGGCCUCUGCUUCACACACACUAACUUGGAAACACUGCCUUACUGCCUUGGGGUCCAGAACAGGGGUCCAGUUAGAGGGACGUUCAUACGUCCCUGAUGCGGAGUAGAGUUUAGUCUGUCCUGUUUAAAGCUCGCUGAGACCAAGUACGAGUGUAUAGAGUGCCUGCUUUGACACCUCAUAAUCAGUUUUAACCCAGAGAGACACAGAGGCGAGUCCCGAGGAGGUUGCCUUGACAACAGAGAAGGGCGAAUUGAAGCUUAUGAACUGACUUCAUGUACUCCAGUCUAAAGUGUAAAAAAAGCAGGUGUAAAACUCAGGUGUAAGUCAGCAAGACCUGAGUCUGCGGUCCAUGAAGCCUUUUACAAAAAUGCUAUGUGCCUUUUUUUUUUUUUUUUUUCUCCUCACAUACACAAUGAAUGCGUCGUCAGACAUUUUGGUGUUUUUUUUUUUUUUUUUUGGCAGAAACAAUUAAAACUAAAUAUAGGCCACAUAUAUAUUGAAUACAUUUAUGAUGAUGAUGAUUAUGAUACAGAUUAUCUAUAUUUCGGAACUUUCAAAUAGUUUUGAUAAUUCUAUUUUUGACAUAAAAACGUUUAAAGUAAAAUCUGCAUGAGGCGACCUUGUUUGUGAUGUUUGAGGCGUCCUGCAGGAGCUAUAAAGUGUUAGGUGAGAACAGACAAAGCGAUUGUAACUUAAGCAUUUCUAUCACUCACACACACACACACACACACAAACGCGGAUAUACCUUCAUUAGGUCAGAGUGAAUGGCUUAGAGGAGACCCCUGACCUCAGGAAAUAAUGCAGGCUGUAAUUCUACACCCUGACGUCAGCAAUCGCAACAUUCAAGAUGGGUCUGAUAAUUUAAGAUGUGUUUAAUGCCCCCUUCACACACCCCCUUCAAUUAUUACAGUACAAAAAGUGCCCGUUUCCCUUCUUUCGCUUUAUAUAUAUUUCUUUAAAGUAAAUCCAUGUUGUUGCAUUACACACCAGCGCUACCUAAAAGCUGCCUUACUUGCGUAAUCAUACUUGUAUAAAAAAAAAAAAUGAAAAAAACACUCUAUAUCUAUAUAUAUAUUUUCAUAUCUUUGCUCUAUAGACAAUGUUUUUAUUCUACCUAGUCAUGUGAUCAGUUAUAACUUUUAAACAUACCGAUUUAUUAUAUUUUAUUUUUUGUACCCUUUCUUAAAAGUGUAUUCUGCAGUAUGGACGCAACUCCUGAUUUGUAUCCUGCUUAGUUUUUAAUUGUUACAAAGCCAGGUUAAAGGGUUACGCUAUUGUUACGCUAUCACCUUAUUAUUAUUUUUAAACUAAAUGUAUCCACUUUUUUAUCUCUUGUGUAUAUAUAUAUUUUUGCAUUCUGGUGGACUGUAGAACAAUGAAGAGUUCUCAUUAUUGUCUGUAAGGUGUCUGUUUCCUUUGCGUACCUGUAUUAACCCCUUCCUCACCUGACGUAUGUGCAUAUAAUUUCAGUAACACUCGGAUCUGUAACUCCUCGUCACGAGGUCAUGUACUCUAGUCUCUCCUUUUUACAAUUGUAAUCAGGGUUCAUUAAAAACAGGUAAACCCAA